UCAGGGGAACGACCCUGAUCAGAACCACAUCGGCCGGUCUGCACACAAUCGUCGGCAAGUUAAUCUCAAGUUCUCAAAUCGCAAUCUCUCCAAGUAAGUAAGUACGUAAGCGACGAUGCCGGGAGCCGUGAAGGUGUUCGGUUCGCCGACGUCGUCGGAGGUGGCCCGGGUCCUGGCGUGCCUGUUCGAGAAGGAUGUGGAGUUCCAGCUCAUCCGGGUCGACUCGUUCCGCGGCCCCCGGCGUAUGCCCCAGUACCUCAAGCUCCAGCCCCACGGCGAGGCGCUCACCUUCGAGGACGCCAACGUCACCCUCGUCGAGUCGAGGAAGAUUCUGAGGCACGUGGCGGACAAGUACAAGAUGCAGGGGAACCCGGACCUGAUCGGGACGGGGGCGCUGGAGCGGUCGUCCAUCGAGCAGUGGCUGCAGACGGAGGCGCAGAGCUUCGACAUGCCCAGCGCCGACCUCGUGUACAGCCUCGGCUUCCUCCCGCUCACCACCCCCACCGCCGCGCCCCUCGACGCCAGCAGGGCCAGCAACGCAAGGCAGCAGCGGCAGGAGGCGAUGAUGAUGAUGAGCCCGGCGCACGCGGAGAAGGUGGAGGAGAUGCGGCAGCUGUACGAGAAGAGCGGGAGGGAGCUGGGCAAGGUGCUGGACAUCUACGACCAGCGGCUGGAGGAGGCCGAGUACCUGGCCGGGGACAAGUUCACGCUCGCCGACCUCUCCCACAUGCCCAACGCCGACCGCCUUGCCGCCGACCCGCGCUCCCUCCGCCUCAUCCGCUCGCGCAGGAACGUCAGCCGCUGGUGGGACGACAUCUCCGCCCGCGAGUCAUGGCUCUACGUCAAGAGCCUCCAGCGCCCGCCCUCCGCCUCCGAGCCGCUCUUCUGAUCUCUCCUCGCGGGAUCGAGGGGGUUGUUCACUUGCUUGCCCCAUGCAUCAUACUACGUUUCAUGCAUGCGCCCGCCAGUUCUUCUGUUAAUUCCAUUCAUGUGCUCCACAUCCGGCUUGAUUUAUAUACUAUGUA